GGAUGUGUCCGGUGAACAAAGGCGACGACAAGAAGAAGAAAGAUGUGAACAAGGAGGAGGAGGAGGGCAGCGAGCCCAAAGGAGACCCAGAGAUGGCUCCGAUCUACCUGAAGAGACUGCUGCCUGUUUUUGCACAAACCUUUCAGCAAACCAUGCUGCCUUCUAUUAGGAAAGCCAGUCUGGCUCUGAUCAGGAAGAUGGUUCACUACAGCAGUGAAGUCCUGCUGAAGGAGGUGUGUGACAGUGAGACGGGACACAACCUGCCCACUGUGCUGGUGGAGAUCACUGCUACUGUCCUGGACCAGGAGGACGAUGAUGACGGUCACCUCCUGGCUCUGCAGAUCAUCAGAGAUCUGGUGGAUAAAGGAGGAGACGUUUUCCUCGACCAGCUGGCUCGACUGGGAGUCAUCAACAAGGUGUCCACUCUGGCUGGACCGGCGUCCGAUGACGAGAACGAGGACGAAGCGAAGCCUGAGAAGGAGGAGGAGGUGCAGGAGGAUGCGAGGGAGAUCCAGCAGGGGAAGCCGUAUCACUGGAGGGACUGGUCCAUCAUCAGAGGGAGGGACUGUCUGUACAUCUGGUCCGACGCCGCCGCCCUCGAACUCUCUAACGGCUCCAACGGCUGGUUCAGGUUCAUCCUGGACGGGAAGCUGGCCACCAUGUACUCCAGCGGGAGUCCAGAGGGGGGGUCGGACAGCUCAGAGUCUCGCAGUGAGUUCCUGGAGAAGCUGCAGCGGGCGAGGAGUCAGGUGAAGCCCGUCACAGCCAGUCAGCCCAUCCUGUCCAGCGUGGGUCCCACCAAGCUGACCGUGGGGAACUGGUCCCUGACCUGCCUGAAGGACGGAGAGAUCGCCAUCCACAACUCAGACGGACAGCAGGCCACCAUCCUGAAGGAGGACCUGCCGGGCUUCGUCUUCGAGUCCAACAGGGGAACCAAACACUCCUUCACCGCCGAGACGUCGCUGGGCUCUGAGUUUGUGACGGGCUGGACGGGGAAGAGAGGCAGGAAGCUGAAGUCGAAGCUGGAGAAGACGAAGCAGAAGGUGAAGAGCAUGGCGAGGGAGCUGUACGACGACCACUUCAAAGCUGUGGAGAGCAUGCCCAGAGGAGUGGUGGUCACCCUGAGGAACAUCUCCACACAGCUGGAGUCCGCCUGGGAGCUGCACACCAACAGACAGUGUAUUGAAGGGGAGAACACGUGGAGGGACCUGAUGAAAACCGCUCUGGAGAACCUGAUUGUAGUUUUGAAGGAUGAAAACACCAUCUCUCCGUAUGAGAUGUGCAGCAGUGGCCUGGUCCAGGCUCUGUUCACGGUCCUCAACAAUAGCGUGGAACUGGACCUGAAACAUGAUUGUAAGCCUUUAAUGGAGAGGAUCAAUGUCUUUAAGGCGGCUUUCAGCGAGAAUGAAGACGAUGAAAGCCGACCAGCUGUUGCCUUAAUCCGUAAACUGAUAGCUGUCCUGGAGUCAAUUGAACGUCUACCUCUGCACCUGUAUGACACUCCAGGAUCCUCCUACAACCUGCAGAUCUUGACGAGGAGGUUGCGUUUCCGUCUCGAGCGAGCGCCGGGUGAGACGGCUCUGAUCGACCGGACGGGGCGUAUGUUGAAGAUGGAGCCGCUCGCUACUGUGGAGUCUCUGGAGCAGUACCUGCUGAAGAUGGUGGCGAAGCAGUGGUAUGACUUUGAGCGCUCGUCCUUCGUCUUUGUGAGGAAGCUGAGGGAAGGACAGACCUUCACCUUCAGACACCAGCACGACUUUGACGAGAACGGCAUCAUCUACUGGGUCGGAACCAACGCCAAGACGGCGUACGAGUGGGUAAACCCUGCUGCCUACGGCCUGGUGGUGGUGACAUCAUCAGAGGGGCGUAACCUCCCCUACGGGCGCUUGGAGGACAUCCUGAGUCGGGAUAGCUCCGCCCUGAACUGCCACACUAACGACGACAAGAACGCCUGGUUCGCCGUCGACCUCGGCCUCUGGGUCAUUCCCUCAGCGUACACCCUGAGACACGCCAGGGGUUACGGCCGCUCUGCGUUGAGGAACUGGGUGUUUCAGGUGUCGAAGGACGGUCAGAACUGGACGACUCUUUACACUCAUGUAGACGACUGCAGCCUCAACGAACCAGGGUCGACGGCCACGUGGCCUCUGGACCCGUCCAAAGAGGAGAAGCAGGGCUGGAGACACAUCAGGAUCAAACAGAUGGGGAAGAACGCCAGCGGUCAGACUCACUACCUGUCCCUGUCUGGACUGGAGCUGUACGGCACCGUCACCGCCGUCUGCGAGGACCAGCUCGGUAAAGCUGUGAAGGAGGCGGAGGCGAACCUCCGCCGCCAGCGGCGCCUGUUUCGCUCCCAGGUGAUGAAGUACAUCGUUCCUGGGGCACGGGUCGUCCGCGGCAUCGACUGGAAGUGGCGAGACCAGGACGGAAACCCGGCGGGAGAGGGCACGGUCACCGGAGAGGCUCACAACGGCUGGAUUGAUGUAACCUGGGAUGCUGGCGGCUCUAACUCUUACCGUAUGGGCGCUGAAGGGAAGUUUGACCUCAAGCUUGCUCCAGGGUACGACCCUGAGUCGGCUGCCACAGCGCCGUCACCCAAACCUGUCUCAUCCACUGUUUCAGGCCCCGCCUCCUCCACGGUGGGACCGUCCGUGACGCCGGCGGCCAGCGGCGGCGCCACCACCACCACCUCCUCGUCGUCCUCGGCAGCAGCAGUCGUGGAGCAGCCUGGUGAAAAAUAACUGUCCCGACAAGG